AUGUCCACAUUGUCAUUGACCUACCGCAGUUCACCUGGUGGUUUCUGGAAGAGUCGAAUCACGUCUUUGAGCUGUAUCGAGAUUUUAAAAUACCCCGGUGUCACAGUAUCAUCUGUUAAGACGGACGUACCAGCACUUCCAGUAUUAGCGGAACGACCUUACGGACCUCUAAGCCCCAUAACUUUAAGUCCUCUGAAAAGGCAGGGCACUGAACUCUUCGAUGGUUACUCUCCUGUCCUCGACGUUCUUUAUGAAGACGCCGUAAAAAAUUUGGAGGACUACGAUGAGGAGUCAACAGAAAUAUUUUCAAUCGAGAUUGAACGCUUAGACCGGUUACUCAUGCAGAAUGAAGCCGUGUUUAAGCCGGGAAAAGAAUUGAAAAUAAUCCAGCCGAGGAACAGAGUAAUCCGAAAGAGACACACACACAAAACCGUCUAUUCCAUCUAA